AUGGCGGUAGCAAAAGAGUUAAGUGUUGACUAUUAUAUUUUAUUUAUAACAAGUACUGAUUCUGCAACUGAAAGCGAUAGCGGUGUGAGUAAAAAAUCUAAAGUGAUAGUUGACGAUAAAACUGUUAAUAAUGCUAAUAUUUCAAAUCAACAAAAUGAAGUUGUAAAUAUCAAUGAAAACCAAAUUUAUCUACCUGAAGCAACUCCUGCUGUUAAUAUUUCAAGUCAAAUUGAAACUGAAACUCAAAUUAGCAUAUUAUCAUCUGCAGACUACAGUGACCCUGCAAAUUGGCCUACUCAUUUUAGUGACAUUUUUCGGCAAUUUGUUAUAAAAAAUAGACCGCAACAAAUUGAAAAAUAUAACUUUCCACGAGAUCGAGAUGAACAAAAAAGAAAAUUUUCAUCAAUCUAUUACAAGCGGAUAUUACCAAAUGGAGAAAAAGUCUCUCGUUCUUGGCUUAUAUAUUCAGUUUCAAAAAAUGUAGUUUUUUGUUUAUGUUGUAAAUUAUUUGGUAAAAGCAAAAGGAGUUUGCCGGCUUUAGAAGGUUCAGGUUUAAACGAUUGGAAGAAUAUUGGAGCACUUCUUUCUUCUCAUGAAAAAAGUAAUUCACAUCUCGUAAAUUUUCAAAUGUGGAAAGAACUUGAUAUACGUUUAUCUACAGAAAAAACCAUUGAUCAUAUUAACCAACAAAAAAUUAAUGAAAAAGAACAAUAUUGA